AUAGUGCCAUCGCUGGUUUGACAGCACUGGAAUCGGAUCGUAUUUUUUCCAAAAAAAACUUUUCAUAAUAAAAAAAAGCGUGUGUUGUUUAGUUUUUGAUCGAUUUUCGUGUGCCGCUCCCAAUUAGUUGGCUUUCCUUGAGUGUUAGAUACGAUCUAUUUUCCUUAAGUUGAUUUGUGCUCCUUGCAAUGGUGUCCAAUAAUCAAUUCCAGCAGAACCGGGCCAUGCAGUCGCAGCAGCAACUGCACCAGCAGCAGCAGUAUCAGCAGUACUCGCCGCAGCAGCAGCAGCAAAAUACGCAGCAGCGCAACAACCACAAUAGCAAUAAUAAUAAUCUUAAUAAUAGUAACAAUAAUCCCCGUGCUGCAGCAGCUCCUUAUAGAAAACCCUUUCGCCCAGGCAACAACAAUAAUUCCAGUCCAGGAGGCAAUGGCAAUGCUAAUGGCAAUGGGAAUGGAAACAAUGGCAACGGCAACAAUGGCAACCAGAUGAUGUUCUCCUCCAGUCAAAUGCCCAGCGACCCGCUGUACAUUGACUUUAAUAAUCCUUCUCCAGGCAACAAACAAAAUCAAGGAGACGGAUUAAAGAAGAAGCCACUGAAGGGCAUUAAGCAACAGUAUCCCAAUUCCAAUCAGCUGCAGGGCAAGAUGAACAACCAGAAUAACAACAAGCAGAUGAACCAGCAGCAGCCACCCUUUAACAAUCAGAUGAACGGAGGCGGUUGGCAGAGUUAUCCUAAUAACAAUCCCAACCUGAAUCGUGGCUUUAAUGGGUUCCAGCGUGGACCGCCACCAAACAGACCGCCCGGACGCCACAUGAUGGGUCCACCGAUGGGUCCCAUGGGCCCAGGACCCGGACCCCGUGGCCCCGGACCAAUAGGAGGCCCCGGUGGGCCUUAUCCGCAGAUGCCUUUCCAGCCACCGAUGCCCGGGAUGCGUGGGCCGCCCAUGCCGCCCAUGGGUGGGCCACCGCCGCCACCACCGCCACAUUUUAUGCGCCGCAAUGGUCCCGGACCGGGUCCCAUGAUGGGUGGCCCACCGCCGAUGCACAUGAUGGGUCCCCGAAUGCCGCCGCGUGGCAUGCCACCGGGUCCUUUCGGGCCGAUGAACAUGAACGGCGGCCGGAUAAUGAAGCCGAACCCCAAGCUGAUCAAACAGGCAGUGAAGGGAAAGAGCAGCAUCAAGACGCUGAAGAACCUGAUCAACCAGUAUCCUAUCGACAAGCCCUGGGUCACGGAUGAGAUUCGUGCCGAGCACGCCAAGAAGACGGACAUCGAGAAUCGGUUAAAGGGCCACAAGGACGACGAACUCUUUGCCCAGUACAAAGGACAGCGGGACAAGUUUGUGGGGCUCUACGAGGCGGCGAGGGAGGAGUAUCUGAAGCAGGAGGCCGCUAGCGUCAAGGCCAAGGAUGCCAAGUCAGACAAAGACAAAAACGCAAAUUCAAAUCAGUGCGCCGCCCCUAAGGCUGAAGGCGCUAAAGAUGCAACAAUUCCAAAUCCCUAGGCAGCCAAUGCAACCGAAACCGAAUACCGAAUCGAAUCAAAUCGAAUCGAAUCGAACCGAAUCAAGAUCAGGCGACACACAGAACAGAACCUAAAACUAAAGCUAAAACGUAAAACAGAAAUAGCUAUUCAAAACUAAAACUAGAAACUAAAAUACAGAGAAAGCCAGCAAGAGCAAGAGUCUGACAAUUGAAGACGUAUUGAACUCAAGACCCCGACUCGACAUCGGAUAUAUAUACACACUCCUUCUCCGGAGGAGGUGCUUUUGUCAUACGUUGCUUUUGCGACUGAGAACUGAGCUUAGUAACGAUAAUGUUAAAACAAAAACAAAACAGACCCCAGCGAUGAUUAUGUGGGAUAAUUAUAUUGAUCAAGAUUAAUAUAUAUUGAUUAUUCUUACCUAUUUCUAACGAUGAUUGUUAAUUGUGAACGUAACGUAAAUUAGAGUAUUGUAAUGUAACCGUAACGUAAUAGUUUCCUUAUUCAAAGAACAGCUUUUUCUUCAAUUCUAAGCUGCUGCAAUAUCAAUUAUUUGUACACAACAUUAUACAUAUACCCCUAGCUACAUAUGCAUAUAUAUUGAUAUAUAUAAUUAAUAUUUAAUAUUCGCUGCCCGAGUGCUCGAAACGCAGAAUUAUUGUAUCAGAGAGUCCGCACUCCGAGCACCCGGGCAAAAAAUCACUCUGUAAGCCUUUGAUUACACCACUUGAUUGUA